UUCAUAGCAAACUAAGACAUCUCGAGUCCGACGGAAUUCGCAUCAGUGCACAUGAUCUUGUGAGAUAUUGAGCAUUACAAUAUUUUCAUUUUGGAAGUGAGACGACUUUGUCAGCCUUCGAGAUGGCAGCUUUGGGAGCUGUGAAUCGACUUUUCUUAUGUAAGUUUGCCAAGUCCAGCAGCAGCAAUGUAAGCUUGUGUGUAAGUAGAUGGCAGUCGACGGCAGCUGCAGCAGCCUUUGCUCGGCAGCACUCCCCAGACGUACAGGAGAACAGGAAACCGAAGACUGGAAUUCUCAUGAUGAACAUGGGUGGGCCAGAAAAGCUUGAUGAUGUCCAUGACUUCCUCUUACGACUCUUCUCAGACCGGGACCUCAUGCAGCUUCCCGUGCAAGACACACUCGGGCCCUUUAUCGCUAAGCGCCGCACCCCAAAGAUCCAGGAGCAGUACAGUCGGAUCGGGGGUGGCUCCCCUAUUAAGCGGUGGACCACCUUGCAGGGCGAGGGCAUGAUCAAGCUGCUAGAUGAGAUGUGUCCAGACACAGCACCACACAAGUUCUACAUUGGCUUUCGCUACGUGCACCCGCUCACAGAAGAGGCCAUCGAAGAGAUGGAGAGAGAUGGGGUGGAGAGAGCAGUGGCCUUCACCCAGUACCCCCAAUACAGCUGCUCUACCACAGGAAGCAGUUUAAAUGCUAUCUAUCGUUACUAUAGCGACAAGAAGGACCGACCCAAGAUGCGUUGGAGUGUUAUUGACCGGUGGCCCACACAUCCUCUGCUGGUUGAGUGCUUUGCCCAGCACAUACUGAAUGAGCUGGAGAAGUUUCCCGCAGAGAAGAGGGAUGAUGUGGUCAUCCUGUUCUCAGCCCACUCGCUGCCCAUGUCUGUGGUGAACCGAGGUGACCCAUACCCUCAGGAGGUUGGUGCCACGGUGCAGAGGGUCAUGGAGAGGUUAGAACACUGCAAUCCCUACCGACUUGUCUGGCAAUCAAAGGUGGGCCCUAUGCCCUGGCUGGGCCCUCAGACAGAUGAGGUGAUCAAGGGCCUGUCCCAGCGCGGCAAGAAGAACCUGCUGCUGGUGCCCAUCGCCUUCACCAGUGACCACAUCGAGACCCUCCACGAGCUGGACAUCGAGUACUCCCAGGUGCUUGGGGAGGAGUGUGGGGCGGAGAAUAUCCGGAGAGCAGAAUCUCUGAACGGAAACCCUCUCUUCUUCAAGGCUCUCGCUGACCUGGUCCAGGCGCAUCUGAAGUCGGACCAGCCCUGCUCCCGUCAGCUCACUCUCCGCUGCCCUAUGUGUGUGAACCCCACCUGUGGGAAAACCAAGGCCUUCUUCGCCAAUCAGAAGCACUGACCUCUGACCUUCUCACUACACCCAACCCCCCCCCCCCCCCUCCUCCUCCCUCCUCGUGAGCUGUCAAAUCGUGAAGAGGAGCAGCUCAGUACCACUACUAAACGCAACAAAAAGCCAGAGGAGAUCUCGGCUACAGAGAGCCCAGCAUCGCACACAAAUGUCGUUUUUUGUUUUUUUUGCUGUGUUUCACCCCUUGCUCACAUUCCACACAAUCUCCAAACUCCCCCUUGUGUCCAGGCUGCUGGAGGAUGAGAAGCCACAGGGAUUCCCUGUAAAAACUCUGAGACUCUACAUGCCCUCCCGACCUGAGCCACCAGCGUUUGCUCUGGCUGAGGAGCAGUCGGGGCACAGUCGCCUGUUGGCUGCUUGUCUCUGCUGGAAUGGGCCGGAUGUGACGCCUGCUCUCCUCAAUUUCCAUCGCCUCUCAGCCGUCCACCCCUCACCACACCUCCUCCUCCUCCUCCUCCUCCUCCUUCUUCUUCUCCUUUCUAGCUCUUCUCAGUAGGGAUGGCACGGUUUUUGAAAAAUGCUCCGAACCGUGCGGAUGGCAUGUCACGGUUCGGAGUGUGUUCGUCGUACGGUCCUACGGUUCAGGCUAGUUAUGGCAUGCGCAAUUGAUUCCCAUGUGACAAUGUGUUUCCCUUUCGCGCGAGAGUAGGAGUAUAGUUUUGAGUGCUGCGCGCGACUGGAGUCUUUAGAAAUGGCAAGUGCGAGAGACAAAGACUGCCCGAAGUUGCAGGAUGCGCCAGCCUCUUAUAGAUCUGGUGUGUGGGAACAUUUCGGAUUUGAGGUUACCUAUGAUGAUGGAGGAGUUAAGACGACAGAAAAGACUGCGACUGUGUGCAAACAUUGUGCAACACGUGUUCAGUAUGCUCUUGGCAACACUUCGAACAUGCUAGGUCAUAUGAAAAGACGUCACCCUAAUGUGUCUGUAGACAGUUAAAGGAAGAAAGAGCCGCAGGCUACCCAACAACUUCUGUCCUCAGCAUUUAAGCAGCCUCUCCGUGAUAACUCGGCCAGGGCAAUGGCCAUAACGAAAGCAAUCGGGAUGUUUAUUGCAAAAGAUAUGAUGCCAUAUAGUGUGAUUGAGGGUGAAGGAUUUCGUCAGUUGAUGAAAAUACUCAAGCCCCGCUACAACAUUCCCUCCCACCGACACUUCGGCACCUCUGUAGUUCCAAAACUAUACGACGAGACACGAGAAAAACUUGUCAAAGAAUUGUCUGACACGGCCCACGUAGCUCUCACCACCGAUGGAUUGCAUUUAUUGAUAGCCACUAGCCAGCAUGUUUUUUAAUAUUUAAAAUAUUACAGUGGCACUUUUACUUUAGAUAAGAACUUUGUUUCCAAAUACUGCACUGUAAUUUAAGAAUUUAAUUUAAGCUGCAAGAGUUACACUUUUUCUUUCUUUGUGUGCCAAAAAGGGGCAUACGUUCCUGCAGAUGGCAAUAGUACACAUUCUGCCUUUUAUGCCAAAUAAAUGAAAAGAUUGUUGAAAU